UAAAGUCCCCCAGGAAACCGCGACAGAUAUAGCAGAACGCGGGAUGAGCGAACCGGAGAACUUAGAACCAAGUUUUGACUGAAGGUUUUAUGUACAGUUGCUCUAACAAGUUCCCUCCCUCCCCUCAUUGCAGGCCAUCUAAGCUGAAACUCGGCAAGUGGUUGAAGAGCUUGUUCAGGGUGUCCCUCCACGCCUUCGCCAUCAUCUAUACGUUUUUUGCUAAGCCUCAGCGUCCAACGUCGAGCAAGUGGGUUAAGGCAAUACUAUGGAGUGCCAUUUUGUUCGUCGCUACAACUUACACUGUUCUUACUUCGUCAGGCGUCACAUAUAACAGCUUCAACGUCCUGAGAUGGGUAAUCCGUGAGGACUCCGAAGCUAAUCCUUUGACCGAAGAGGACUCAGCGGUGUACACAGGUAACCUGACGUGGCAACAGAUGCAGGAGAUGCGCGUCCACCACGUUUCGCAGGUGUGCUCAGCGCUCAACCUGACGCAAGCUCUCGACCACUCGGUCCUCAAGCACAUUCUGGUCGACACCAAGCACAAAGUUCUCAUGUGCUUUGUGCCUAAGGUCGCGUGCACGUCCUGGAAGCGUAUGUGGUUCUGGCUCUCGGGUCUGGUCGAAGAGGACGAGGACGUGAUGGCCCUGACGAGACCCCAAGUCCACGGGCCUUUCCUGUCCACGCUGGCCAGCUUCAAGUUCUCGGAAGAACGCAAGAGAGAGAUGCUCAAGAGCUUCAAGAAGUUCAUUUUCACCCGCCAUCCGCUGGACCGCCUCAUAUCCGCCUACAAGGACAAGCUGGAGAAUGUGGAUGACGAGAGCAACUUCGACUUCCACAAGCACGUCGGCCAGGAGGUGGAGAGGAUGGUCCGUGGAAGGGUCACGGGUCAAGGUCACAACGUCACCUUCUCCGAGUUCAUAACCUGGGUCACGCCCCCGAACGGCACCUGGACCUUCGCCCAAAAGAACGAGCACUGGCUCCCCAUGACGGAACUGUGUGCCCCUUGCGCCGUGCAGUACGACGUGAUCGGCCGCUACGAGCACCUGCAGAAGGACGUGAACCAGACGCUGCACUGGCUGGGCGCCGGGCAGUUCGCCGAGAGGUUCCCGCAGGCCGACCGCCCCUACCACGCCACGGCCCUGCACAAGGACUACCUCCAGCGGCUGUCCAUGCCGGAAAAACUGCGAUUUCUGAGGACCUACCUCCUCGAUUUUUUGCUUUUCGGUUAUGAGAUGACGUAGUGCGGUUGUUCGAUGCGUUGAUUUGGUAUAUAAAAGAAAGAGAAAGAGAACAAAAAAAAAAAAAAACAAAAAAACAGACGAUUAAUCAUCUCUUUUUCCGCACAUUCUAAUUUUUUUUUCUUGUUAUUUUGUAAGAAAAAAGAAUCAAUGUUAAAAGCUCAUUUUUAUCCACUCUUGCUUACGAACUGUACAUAUACGUGAAUUCCUCUACCGUAGCUUCGCAGAAUUCGAAAAAAACAAAAAAAAAAUCCCACAGGAAGUUACUCAAAUAAGCUUUAACAGUGAUAUCACAAUCUAUUGAAUAAUCAAACGUGAUUUUAUUCGCGCCUCUGAAAGCCUUAAAUCUUCCGCUUGCCAUAUCAUAUUAUAUAUAUAUACAAAUAUAUAAGAUUUUUUUUUUUUUGAAAUUCUAUUGCCACAAGCUUUUAUACCGUAUAUAGGCCUAUGUGCUUUACAACCCGUGCUGACAAGCCCGGCCAAUUUCUUCCGUCUUAUGUCAGCUAUUAGUAAGGUCUAGAUUUCAUCGAUAUAUACGAUUCCUCCUAAAAUCGCAAUUAAUCUAAGAAUUAAAGAAACGAAUGUAGGCCUAUAUUUCACCUAAAAAAAAAUAAAAAUCUAAUCUUUAAUCGAUAAUAUCAACAGAAACUUUCGCAUUUUCGUUCGUUUUUUCAAACUUUUAAAUACACAUCAUUUUUAUUUAAUACCGUCGCAGUCAUCCUUAAUGCCUACACAACCACAAAGAACAAUCAUAUAUGACCACGCUCAAUAUAUUUAUAAUCUCAAUUCUAGCACGAAUCAAUCAACAUUUUAUCGAUUUAUUUAGUGUCGCAUCUCGAUCCAUCCUUUCACAUCCCGUUCAUUACAUGCACUGAUUUUAGUCAGUUAAGAAUGCUCAACCUUUAUGUAAAAUUCACAUCUCAUUUUGGUUCGACAUUUUCAUCGUUUUCAUUAUAUUAUUUAUAUUAUCCACGUGUGAGUGUUGUGUGUGUUUUGCAAUUUUUUUUUUUUUUUUGGUUUUAUUUUAUUCCGUUUGUAUUUUAUCGUCAAAGAUUUGCAGUAAGCAUUUCUAUUAUUAAAUUUAGUUUUUAUAGUAAGACAAUUAUUUGUUAUUAUUUUUAGAAAUGCGUAUUGAUGUAGAUAUCAACACUAAGAGUGUUUUCAUGUUACAAGCAAACGUUUCUCUAUUAACGAAAUAGAAUGUUAUCAUAUUAACCAGUCUUUCCACACUGACGACAAAUGUUUCUAUAUUAUGACGAGUCUUUCCAUGUCUAGGACAAACGUUUCCAUAAUUCCGGAAAACAUUUCCAUACUAACCCAGUCUUUUCCAUAUAUAGGGCAAACGUUUUUAUAUUUGCGAAAAAAAACGUUUCCAUAUGGAACCAGCUCUUUCCAUAUCUAAGUCAAACGUUUCCAUAUUUGCGACAAACGUUUCCGUAUAGCGACAACCCUUCCCUCGUGCGUGUUUUUCACAUUUAUGACAAGUGUCCCAAUGUACAACGAACUUGCAACAACCAUUUCCUCAUUAGUUUGUAUAUUUACACAUACAACAAACGUUUGGAGGCUUUAUGACAACGGCAAACUAUUCGGUUUAGAUCAAACACGUUCAGACUUGCAGCUAAAAAUCGUCAUUAUGGCCAAUAUAUCUCUUAGUCAUUACACUCGUUAUAGCCCAAAGAUUCGUAAUUUAUAACCAAAGUUUCUACAAUAAUUCAACACGAACUUCACGACAAACGGUUCUCUAUACAUUCCUCCGUAUAUUUAGACGUGUAUGUAUCCCAAGAAACGUUUCUUUAUUUGCGGCAAACGUUUCGAUAUCCAACAAAGACACUUCCAUUUCUAACCCAACCAAGUCCUAAUACCGAACAGGGUAACUGAUCAAUUGAUAAUAUUUACGUACAACUUAUCUUCGAGCUUACUCCGUAUUGCUUUUCCUUCUAAUGUUCUUAAUCUUCGCCUUUUAACAUAAAGAAAUGUAUCUGGAGAACUGAGGCGUUUGACGUAAUAAAACUGUAAAGUUGAUGUCAGGAUGAAGGAAAACGACUUUGAUAUUAGGUCGACAAUUUUUUUUUUCUCUCUCGAUGUGUGUUUAGGUGUAAUUGUAAAGGUUUCGGUGUAUGUAGAUUACAGAACGCAUAUUUAAGAUCCACAGAAAGCCAGUUAAGAUCGGUGUCACGUGUUACUGUCAGUAGAUUUAUUUAAUUCCUAUCUAGAGGUACACCUAUUAUUGCAUAACACUAUUAUUUAGACAACAAUUAAUUGUUAGUAUACUUGAUUUAUCUUCUGCCUCUAGUUAGAUGUCGUUCACUUCUAGAAUCUGAUUUAAAAACUGAAAUCACUUAUUACAAGCAAAAAAUGUUCAAGGAUCACACCUAAAAUCAAAACCCAUUCCCGAUGAAAGAAUAAGAAAUAAUUUAGUUACUCCUCUAUUAUCCAAAGAAAAUCGAAAAUAUAGAAAACGAUCGACGGAUAAACUUAAAUAAACCAAAUAAGAUGAACCAUAAUCUGCCAAAGUCAUUAUAUGCAUGUACAUCUGGAUGAUUCUUGGGCAACACUUAUCAAACACGGUCAUAGAAGCUUACAUGUUAGGAUAUAUAGAGUCUGUCAAUCAAUGUAUUUGGUGCUGUGCGUAUGAUUAGGGACACAGAAAGAGCUUUAAAACAAAUUCACUCGAUGUGUGUCGUGUUCACUCCCCGAAAACGGAUGUAAAAUUUGCAAGCCUUGAUUAGCGUCCGUGUGUAGAUAGACCUUCCCAAAAUCGUGCUCGCUAAGUGGAAUAGAUGUUGAAAGCAAUACGUUGGUAAGCGGAUCACGGAUUUUAUUUAAAGCGUAUCCAAGUAAGAAAUGAAACGGUGUCCUAUUGAAACCCCCAACGGCGAUUCCAUUUUGUUUCUUAAUUUGUAUGUUGUAAUGCUGAUAAACUGGAACGAAAAUAUGUGUAACGUCCAUUAGUUCAAAUAUCUACCGUCUGAUACUCAAAGAUAUUGCGAAUGUGAUACGAAAUAUACCGAGAACACGGGAUGCUAAAGCGAACAUAUCAAGGACAGCUGUGUUACUGUAAGUGAGAAACUUUAAACUUCUUAAAAAUGAUACAUGUACUUAACUAUCAUCAAUUGUUUCUGGAAACGUUUUUCAGGAUGAUGUCCGUUAACCUAACACGUGGAAGUGUGGUACGAAUACAGUUUACGGGUUUAUCAUCAAUAACAGUAUCUCUGUGUCGUAUUGAUCCAACUUUUUAUAUCUAAACAAAAAAACCCAAGUAUUACCAACAUUUUUAAAGUCUACAAGACGAAACUACACUACACGUAAAGCGUUAAAAAAUGCUGCCACUUUCCGUAAACCACAAACAAACACACAAACGAUUACAUUACAAAACAAUGACGAAAUAAAUACAAAACCACGUUCGCUAAAUGCCCACUUCUCCCUCCGACAAAUCUGCAAUACUGCCAAGGUAAUUUUGUGUUGCAAAGCCAUAUCACACUCGAUAUGUACAUACCAUUGGCUAUGCUAUGCUAAGUACAAUCCAAGCAGCGCUGUACUUUUAGGCUUACACCAUCUCAGGCUUUGAAAUAUGUGCAUGGAAGUCAGUAACGAAAUAUUUUUCAUUUUUGUAAGCUUAUACCUGUGCACUGUUCUAUGACUUGCUGAAUAAGUGAUAAUAAAGUGCCUUUUGCAA